AUGGAGGAGGCGUGGGUGGUGGUGGUGCGUUGGGCCUGGCUGGCUGCUGCUGUGCCUGAUCAAAGCGUCGUGGGUGGGCGGAGUGCGAAUGCUGCCGCGCAACGGGGGCCCUGCAGCCAAGGACGCGAUACUUCCUACUUCCUACCAAGCCUACGCUCCUCUACGCCUACGCCUCUCACCCAACCAGCCAUGGCAGCCACUACAUCUACCCUCCCACCCACCAGCUUCGGCACUAGGCCUGCUGCGGCCCUCAAGGGAAACACAGCAAGGAGGAUAGAGCUCACCAACCUCACACCCAACAACAUUGGGCAGUUGAGGAAGCUCAACUCGGUUUUGCUGCCGGUGCGGUACAGUGAGGCCUUCUACAAGGAUACCUUGAGCGAGGAGAGGAGGGAUAUCUGCAAGCUUGCCCUUUUCAAUGACAUGCCCGUAGGCAUGCUCGUCUGCCGCUUCGAAUACCCAGACCCACCUCAAGCCUCUUCCUCUUCCUCCUCACCCGCUCCAGUAAAGGUCUACAUCAUGACUCUCGGUGUCUUGGCCCCGUACAGGAGACUGGGCAUUGCCUCAAAGAUGAUCAAGCAUCUCCUCACCUUUGCCGGUCCAGGAACCGAGCUCGAUCUUCCCGAUCCUGCCUUGCCCGCUCCUCUAUCCAAGGCAAUCGCUGCUGGAAGUGCCGCAAAGAAGGAUACGGCGACGGCGGGUAAAAAGGACAACAAGGAGGAAAAGAAGACGAAGAAAUACCUCGUGGAAAGCGUGUAUCUGCACGUGCAGACUACGAAUGAUGAGGCAAAGGACUUUUACAAGAAGCAAGGAUUUGGUGAAGGGGAGGUCUUGGAGGAGUACUACAGGAGAGGAGUAGAACCGAGGAGCGCAGUAAUCCUGGAGAGGAAGUAG